AUGUUUGGUGCUAGCAGCAAUACUGGAGGAGGCUUAUUCGGAGCAUCAAAUACAAGUAAUAGUGCCUCAGGAAGCGGAUUAUUUGGAAACAAGCCAGCUGCGACGACAAACACCGGGUUUGGGUUUGGGCAAUCAAACACCACUGGCCAAACAAAUUCAACUGGUGGUUUAUUUGGCCAAUCGCAAAAUAAUAACACCAAUGCCACAUCUGGAGGCUUAUUUGGAUCGAAUCAACAGAAACCAGCUGGAGGCGGAUUGUUUGGCUCGGGCCAGACAACAAAUUCUGCAACCAAUGGGGGAUUUGGGGCCACGAAUAGUGGAUCAACAUUUGGAAAACCAACAGGAACUCAGACAACUGGUGGUGGGUUGUUUGGUGGUAAUCAACAACUGGGCCCCAAUACUGGAGGAUUAUUUGGUGGUAAUCAACAAUCACUGAAUACUACAACGACAGGGGGAGGGUUGUUUGGCAGUAACCAGCAAAGCAAUACUGGAACUUCAGGCGGAUUGUUUGGAAACAAACAGCAAAGUACAGGAACUGGUGGGGGAUUGUUUGGAAAUGCCCAGCAAAGCAAUACAGGUACAUCUGGUGGAUUAUUUGGAAACAAUCAACAACAAAACAAUGCCACUGGUGGAUUAUUUGGAGGUAACCAACAGUCAACAACUCCAGGUGGGCUCUUUGGUAACAAGCCCAGUGCACCAGCAGGUGGAGGCUUGUUUGGAUCUAACAAUACACAACAAAGUGGUGGCCUUUUGGGCUCUAACAACAACACUCAAGGAGGUGGGCUUUUCGGAAACAAGCCGGCUGCUAGUGGCGGAUUGUUUGGUGGGGAACCACAACAACAGUCAUCACUCUUUUCCAACACUACAAACAACCAACAACCAUCUUUCAGUUGGAGUCAGCCUCAGCAAUCACAACCUGCUGUAAAUAAUGUCAAUACACUUGGUGGGUUUGGCCAAAAUACCAAUCAACAACAAAACACCAAUCCAGCUGCAUAUACCCCUGCAGUGAAUGAUCAAUUGGCUAAAGUAUACGAACAAUGGGACCCGACUUCGUCAAAAUGUGCAUUAAAGACACAUUUGUACAACAAAUUCACUGACCAAGAAAUGAAUAUUUUGAUGUCCCAGCCGCGACCAGCUAAUGAAACUCCUGAAGAUUGGGACAAAGCCAUGACUGAAAGACCUGGACAAAAUUAUUUCCCCAUAAAGAUAACUUCUUACGAUGAAGUUGCUCAGAGGAUUGAAACUCAGUUGGAUUAUGCAGCUAAGGAAAAGGUUGUAUUGAAUCAGAUUAAUGAAAGACUAAAUACGUUAUCAGCGAAACAUGACUUGGAAAACACUACCAGGAUUCUCAAAGCGAAAGCAAGACAUACUCAACUAUCACGAAGAUUAUUACGCUUAGCCACUGUGUUGGCAAUGUUGAAAUUGAAAGGGUAUCCACUACUCCCAGAGGAGGAAGAAAUAGCCAAACAAUUUGAUAUUUUAAUCACUAAAUUGAAUGAUCCAAAUAGUCCAAUUGGAAAAGUUGGUGAUAUAUUUGCAAAAAUGUCGAUACUCAAGGAGAGAGCCGAAGAUAUGAAUACUCAAUUCGACAAGUCAAUACAUGCGUUGAACGAGUCGUUCGAUAAUGGUGCUGCCACCAAGGGCAAAGCCAAAGAGGACAUAAAUAACUCUAACGAUGUUAUUGAAAAGAUUUCGCAAAUCUUGGUGAAACAGCAAAUGGGCUUGAACUAUUUGAAUGAGGUAUUGAGAAAAGAUGAAGAGAAGGUUGAAAAGUUGGUUUCAAUUAGGAAAUAA